CGCCCCGCCAUAGCAUCACAUUGCGACCAGAGGCUUCUUGAAGAGCCUCUCUCAUGCGCAAACAUGGCCGCGCACCCGCUACGAUUGAAGAACCCGUCGCCGGCUGAGCAGGAAGCGCGAAAGAUCGUCGGUGUCAACGCCGAAACCGUCACCAAUGUCUCCUCCACCGACUUUCCUCACCACUACCCUGGAGAAGACCAUGCGUGGGAUAAGAACAAGUUCCAGGAAUCCUUCCAAGUCCAGUUUCACCACAAUAAACCCUUCGAUGCGUCCUUCUCCCUCAUCGGCAUAGAUGCCUCCGUUGCCAAUGCAUUCCGGCGCAUUCUGCUGGCCGAGAUCCCUACCCUCGCCAUCGAAUACGUCUUUGUGAACAACAAUACCUCUGUGAUCCAGGAUGAAGUCCUUGCGGCGCGUCUGGGUCUCGUGCCUUUGAAGGGCGGGAAGGAAGGGCUCCUCUCAUUCUUAAAAUGGUUCAAGAAACCUGAAGAAGACGCUCCUGCGGAAGAGCAAUUUUCCAAAGCCUACGACUACAACACUAUUGCACUAUCCCUUAAGAUUGAAUGCACCCGGAACGAAAACGCCGCCCCGGGGGAAAAAGAUCCUCACAAACUAUAUCACAACGCUUAUGUCUACGCCAAGGACAUCCAGUUCAAACCGUUUGGUAGACAGUUGAAGUACUUCAGCGAUGAUGAUGCUAUUAUGCCUACGAAUCCUGAUAUCCUAAUUGCGAAGCUGAGGCCCGGUCAGUGUAUUGAUGUGGACAUGCACGCUAUCAAGGGCGUGGGGAGCGAUCAUGCGAAAUACUCUCCUGUUGCAACGGCCUCGUAUCGUCUACUACCAACUAUCACGAUCACAAAACCUAUACUGGGUAAGGAUGCUGAGAAGUUUGCAAGAUGUUUCCCCCGGGGUGUCAUUGGUCUCGAGACUGUCACCAAAGAGGAAGCGGCGCAAAUAGGAAGUGGGUACGAGGGACACGAAGGGGAAAAGAAGGCUGUUGUGAGAGAUCCCAUGAAGGACACAGUUAGCAGGGAGGUCUUACGACAUGAGGAGUUCAAUGGCAAGGUCAAGCUGGGAAGAGUACGAGAUCACUUCAUCUUCUCGGUCGAAAGUUUGGGACAGUGGGACAGCGACGAGAUGUUCCUGGAAGCCGUAAAGGUUUUGAAGGUCAAGUGCGAGGGGCUGAAGAAGAACUUAGCAGAUAUGACAAGAUAGAGAUGGCUGUAACACAUGCAUUGCAGGAGUUUGGGAUCUGGCGUUCAUGGGCACCUUGAGGAAUCAAGGCCUAGGGUGUAGAUAAAAAAGUAACCUCCACAUGAUAGAUAUCGUCUUGUGUAACUCCGUUCUCAUGCUCGUCCAAACCAUGCAAAACUGUGCUAAUCAUCCUGUUCCCUUGGUGUCCCGCUAAUCUCGCCGAAGUAAUUGCUUGUCAAGGCUCUUUAGAAGCUCCAGCCCCAUUCAGUGAGACUUAAAUGGCUUUGAGAAUCGGAGUCGGUAUUUGAAGUUGACGCUGCCC